GCGUCGUCACAAAGUAAUUACAAAGCCAGUCCAGCCCUACCAAAGUUGAAUCCAAUUUCACCAGCUGAUAGGGAUGCAAAUGCGGAGGACGCGAGAGAUCCUUCACCACAUAUCAAGCAAGAGCAUGACGGAAGUCCACACAUCGACUCGUAUCAUUCUAUGUCGGAAGCAUUACAAACAGGCGGAAGUUUGAGUGUCCAUCCGGAAGACAUUAACGUUGGCAGCGGACACAGCUUAAAAGAUCAGUCAGAAAUGGACAGUACACCUCCUAUGACUCUUCAACAGCAGGACAUGGCCGAUACGAUAGAUGCUAGUAAUAAUGGAGGAAGAGAGCUGAUGGUUAUUGUUACUACUGAAGAACAUGAAAAAAUUGCAGUUGACCUAAAGGAAUUGAUGAAUGCGAAUUACAACUUGAAUACUCUUCUUGAAAAUAGAGGAGGCUCGGGAAGUUUUGGAAGUAGUUCAAUUGAAAUUAUAGAUUUAGAUAGUACGAUUUCAAGUUCGAUUGAGAAGGAUGCGCCGAGUAUCUCAGAAAUAUCUACUGCAAGCACAGAAAAUGUUUUGCAAGAUUUAAAUUAUGCAGAUACCACGAACAAAAGUGUAGUAAGUGAAAAAGAAAGUAAUUCUACAAAUGUGCAAGAGACUACUCCAAAUCUCCAAGGGUUAAUUCGUGUGCGCAAGGAUGUUUUAAUAAACCCAUCAGAACCGAUGGAAAUCACUAAUGACGAUGUUAUGGUAGAUGAUUCUGUUACUUGGACUGAUGCUGAUGACUAUGAAGUAGAUGUGGAAGGUGACUUUACAUGUAUAAUUAAUAAUGAACCUAUAACAAAUGAAGAUAAUGAAAAACUUUCUUCAAAAAAUAAGGAAAACAAAGCCAAAACCAAAUCCAGUAAAAAAUUCACAAAUAGAUUUCUGCCCCCGCUAACUAACUUUCAUGUAGCUACUGACAACGUGCGAACAUAUGGAAGAGGUAAAAGUAGAGAGAUGAUUGGUAAUACACACUGUACAGACGCAUUGCUCAUGAAACAAAGAAUUCUUCGAUCUAGUGCUAUUGCUUCUAAAGCUGGUAACGUGGGUACAUCUAAACAAAGCCACCCCGUUUUACCGACUGUUAAUCCGACCUCUAGGAGUCCCUGUUUUUCGAAAAAAUCAUUUGACGAUUGGGAAAGAGCUAUGGCUCCAAUAAUAUAUAAAAAGGAGCCCGAAGAGGUGGAUAGUGAUUCCUCCUUACCUAACCUCACAGUGGAAGAAAGUGCCCCACCCUUAAGAACACCGUCACCACCAUUACUUCAUAGGCAAACGAAUUUUGUCAAAAACGUUACAGUACCCAAGCGUGGACGUGGUCGACCAAAAAAAUUAUUAGCACCUGUGUUGGAUGUGGGAGUACCAUACUUAGAUAGUGUACAAAAAAAGGUGCCGUUAUUAAAUCAAAUACUAACCAGUACCCCCACACAUAAACGUAAACGUGGCAGAUCACAAAAACUCGCAGAGGAUGAUUUCAGCAUACCGCAUUUGCGUCCUGUGAGACAUUCACAAAUACGUGUUACUAGACAGGCCCCGCCUGUGUUAAGACCAAAAGUUCACAUUCCAAAUUACUUCGAAGAUAAGCAAGAAGAAAAACGAAAUGCUAUGAAUAUUAAUAAACAAGGUCGAAAAAAAAAUCCAACGUCGCCCUUAGCCACAAAGACUUAUUCAAACAGGUCGCAGCCCCUCUCCUCAAUCACUUCAAGAAGCGCGGAACAUUCUUACUCUAGUUCCGAUGUUCCCCAAAAUUCCAGUUUACGUAUUCCACCUUCACAUUUAUAUGAUUUCAAUGCCCGCCAGUGCAAGUCCGAACUUUUAGAUGACUAUGAUGAGACUGUAUAAAAUAUCGAGUAAAAUUGUUUACCUUAUUUGCGAAGUUUGGAGUUUUCGCAAAAACAGAAAAUUGAAAGU